AUGGCACCAGCUUCGCUCGCGCUCCUCCCCCGCCAGUUCGGCAACGGCAACGGCGACGGCAAUGGCCGUUUCGGCAACCGCGAUGACGGCGGGGUAUCGAGGUGGGCGAUCAUCGGGAUCGUGGUCGCGGUACUAGUCGUCGCGGGCAUCGUCGGGCUCGUCCUCUUCCGUCGCAUGCGCCAGCGACGCAGCGCCGUCUCCUCCCCCUCCGCCAUCAACCUGGCCUCCACCUCCACGGCAGCUCACAAGCCCACGUCGACAGGUCCAUCGGGCAGUGGCAACGGCAACGGCAACGGCCCGCCCAAGUACGGCGCCAGCACGACCGGAUACGGCGUCACGGCUGACCAGAGUCAGUCGCUCCUGGGUAACGCGGAGCCCCCCGCCAUCGUCAUGUGGGGUCCACCACAGAGUGACAAUGCCGGGUCGACGCAGGACGGGUUCGGGUACGAUAACAACCUCCAACUCGCGGGCACGGGGAUCCAACGGCCUGCGAGCGUGGCUUCGUUCUCUGCGCCGCCGCCCCGGUAUGAGGAGGCGACAACCGCGUCUGCCGGCGCUGCGGCGGCGUCGAGACCACAAGGACAGGGCGAGGCGGCAAGUUAUUUCAACGCUGCUGUCCCGAUGGGCGACGACACGGGUCGGAGUCCGUCGAGAGGGCGAGCCCUCAGCCUCGACACGAGGAGUCUGAAUGGCGAGGGGAGGCGGAGUAUCAGCCGGUUUAGGGAGGAGGGCAUGGUCGAUGUGAAUGUGAGCGUGAAUGCUGAGAAGAGUUAA